AUGGAGAGGGAACUGAAACACGCUAUGGACAUUGUUGUCCAGCAUCAUAAUAAGUGCCCUAGCCACUAUUAUCUCGGUGAGGGUUCAGAAGAAGGUGUUGCAAACGCUAAAAUGGUGUUGAAAUUCUUACAUUUGUUAUCUCGCCAGUGUUCUGAAAGUUUUAUUUACGAUUCAAGUGCAAUUCCAGUCCACGAAUUGUUUAGAGACAUCAAAGGGCAUUUAGAUCAAAUUAUCCACUUUUAUGUUUCAAAAGAAACUGAAUUAUUACAAGAAAUAUUACGUAGAAUUCUUCCUUCUAAUCCAAAUCCACUCAGAUUUAUCGUUCUUUCGUCAAUGUCGUUAUUUACUGCUCGUGUUUAUAUACAUGCAAAAGAAUUAAUUCCAGAUCCAAUUCAAGCAUACGUUGAUGGCUACUUUAACCUCGUCAUCGAUCUAAAUGAUACAGUCGCAAGAAUUCCUAUUCUUCCAGAUCCAACAACAAAGGAAAAUUUCACAAUUCCACCAUCAUUGAGAUUCAAAGGCGUCAGUCCAGAAGAUGAAGCCAGGAUUAGGCAAUUUGUAUUUAACGAAUCACCGAAAAUUGGCCGUCGCAAUCAAUUUGCUGCUUUCAUUUCAGUAUUAAAUUCAAAUAGACCUCCAUCAGAUUAUAUUACAUCAUUUAGAAACUCAUUAUGCUCAAUGGACAUGUCCUUUGCUACAGCAAUCUGUUUAUUGGCUCGCCAACAUUCAGAUUAUGCCUCAUUACAGAAUUUAUUCUUAGUUUUGGGCUGCGAUAACGUCAUUGACUUGUUCUUGAGAGAAUUAUCAGUUGCAUCACUCGGAGUUGUCCAAGGAUUCCAAGUUGCCCAAAAUAUUAAUAUUGUUGCCUUAACAAACCUAUUUAUGGCCAUGUCAGGCGAAUGGGCAGCUCGUAUUACGAUGCAGAGGGGCAUUGCCGACAUGAUUCAUGAUAUUUGCAUGUCAAUUACUCAUAGAUAUAUUCCUUUCGAAGCUUUAUACGUUUUAAAGGCUGCUCUUUGCAUUGCAGCUUACGAUGAUGCUAAGGGUUCAUCUGCCAUCUCAAUGUUCCUUGAAUUGGCAGUUCGUCCGUUCACAAUCGCAUCUAAACAGAUUGAUCAGUUCGAAAGCUUGAAGAAAGGCUUCUUAUUCGGAGAUAAAACAUAUGCUCAGUCAUUAGAGCUCGUCCAACGCACCGUUGUCCAUAUUCUUGGUGCAGAAAUUCCAGUUACUUUCUCACCAAUGAAUGUCAACCCUGCCUUACGCGAUAUUCAUGAAUAUAUUAUGUCUCGCAUUGAUGAUUUUAUUGAUACAGUUAUUGUUCUUAAUCAAAGACCUAAACUCGAACAUCCGCUCAUGCAAAUGCUAUUAUUCUCAUAUCAGAUGGCUUACAAGCACGGUUUGAUCGAGUAA